CCUGCCAGCCUCGGCGCGGCCACUGAGCGACCUUCGUCGUCAAUCACAUCAAACAAAUCCUUGGGACUGAUCUUUCAGCGGCUGUCACUGCUUUGUAUAGCGAAACGGCAUUAGUGUGGUACUGUCUGCACAGAGAACCCUGGCUUCAACUCAGUGUCUGCAGUGACUAGUGACUAGUGAUCCCUGAGUUUCGAUUUACUUCGACGGCGGCAACGCAUAUUUUGGUCUACUCGAAGUGCUUGAGGCUACCUGUCGUGCUAUGCGUUUCACGAAACCAGCCUGGGUCGCACAUAGAGAUACUUCAUCUCGCGACGACCAGAGCUCGAAGCGCCUCUCCAUCUUCUCGGUGCAUGUCCACCCGGACAACUCGCGUAUCGCCACAGGCGGGUUGGACUCCAAAGUCCGGAUAUGGAGCACGAAACCGAUCUUGAACGAGGCGAGCGAGCAGAAGGGGAGGAUCCCGAAGGUGUUGAGCACGUUGGCGAUGCAUGUGGGACCGGUGUUGACCGUGCGAUGGGCACAUUCAGGGAGGUGGUUGGCGAGCGGGAGCGACGAUGCGACGGUCGUCGUUUGGGACCUUGAUCCGAGUGCGAAAGGGAUGGUGUGGGGCUCGAACGAGGUGAAUGUGGAAGGCUGGAAACCUCUCAAACGAUUGCCGGGGCAUGAGAGUGACGUUACGGACGUUGCUUGGUCACCGGGCGACCGAUACCUGGCUUCUGUCGGCCUUGACUCCUUGGUGAUGAUAUGGUGCGGUUUCACCCUCGAGCGCCUUCGUAAGCUCGACCUGCAUCAAGGAUUCGUCAAAGGUGUAUGCUGGGAUCCCGUUGGCGAGUUUCUCGCGACCCAAUCCGACGAUCGCACCGUCAAGAUAUGGCGCACCACCGACUGGCAGCUGGAGGCUGAGAUAAGGAAGCCGUUCGAGCAUUCUCCCGGUUCGACUUUCUUCAGACGACUCAGUUGGUCACCAGACGGCGCGCAUAUAACCGCAUCAAACGCCGUGAACGCAAAAGGCUUCGUGUUUAUCGCGGCUGUGAUUGCUCGCACAGUGUGGACCUCGGACAUCAGUCUCGUCGGGCACGAAAAUACCGUCGAAGUUGCUGCAUAUAACCCUCACGUCUUUUUGCGGAACCCGGCGGGUGAAGUAUCGACGUCGAACAUAUGUUCCGUUGUUGCUCUGGGCGCGGACGAUAGAGCGGUGUCGGUAUGGCAGACCAAGUCAGCAAGACCGAUCAUUGUUGCAAAGGAGGUUUUCGAGAGGCAGAUCAUGGACCUUGCUUGGUCUUGGGAUGGCCUCACGCUGUACGCCGUCUCCUCGGACGGCACACUGGCUGCAUUCGACUUCGAUCCGGAAGAGCUUGAGGGUAUCGCACCCUUCGAUGCCCAGGAGCAGUACCUCACUAAAUUCAAGUUCGUGCCUCCACCGCUACCAGAGGGAUACGUGCACGUCCCGCAUCCAUCCUCGCGGUACAGCGUCGGGGAGAAGAACAAAACCGGACCGUCACCUACCAAAACCAGCCAGCCCGCGGCACCGAGAGUAAUCACACCCCAACCGGAGACGAUCAACAAGUUAGUGGCGAAGAGGAAACCCAAGGACUUCAGGAGGCGGCAGAGCGGGCCGUUCAACCCCUCCAGCGUGCCUUCCGCAGGGAUGCCCUCCGCAUCGAUUUCGAGCGCUCCGGUAUCUCAGGCUCCGCCUCCACAACCCUUAGCCCCCAAUGGAUCAGUCAUCUCCGAGAGUGAUUCCUUUGGAUUCGGCGAGGCGUCGGGGACGAGUACGCCUCUGGCGAGCACCUUUUCGCGGGCGGGCCGCGCUCGCCAGGAAUCUCUACACACCGACCCGUUCCGGACGACGUCGAGCGACUUGUUCGAUUCGAGCAUGGGUGGAGCGGACAUGGACGUCGACGGAAGGGGAUACGCGAGCAUAGCCGCGCUGGAUGAGAAAGGCAAGCGCGCUAUAGAACCCGACGAAGGUUUGGGCGUGGGAGGAAAGACCUCGAAGCCGAGGACGCUGGGAGGAGACCGGCCUCGGGAGGCUGUGAGACCCAAACAGCUUGGUAUGGCGCAGCCAGCACAGGGAAGCGUCGUGGUCGCUGGAGGGUCCGGGCUAGGCGUCAACUUACCCACACCACCGCUACUGACGUUCCUGAGCGUGGCGGUGAAGGUGUCCGGAGGCGGGUCGACCGAUGCGGUGCUUGAAGGGAGGAAUCCGGAGAAUGGUGGUGCGAAUGAGGUGCUGUUCGCACAGGGAAAGCAAACGCAGUGGUUGGACUACUUGCCUUCCCCUGUUUCGAUCUUGGCCGCAUCGAGCCAUUUCUGCGCGGUGGCUUUGGUGGAUGGGUCGGUGAAUAUCUAUUCCCACACAGGGCGCAGGUUAAUGCCCACGCUGAGCUUAGGAUCGCCGUGCUCCUACCUCGAUGCUUGUGAGGAUUCCCUGAUGGCAUUGACGUCGUCAGGGCAGCUGUACGCGUGGAAUGUGAAGCAACAACGCGCAGUAUACAGUCCGGUAUCGAUUCUUCCGAUCCUCCAGCCAUCUGCAUGCGAAGUCCUCUCCGCCUCCGUUCGCGCCAAUGGCUCUCCCGUCAUCCAGUUAUCCACCGGCGUUGCGCAUUCCUACGACCCUGGUCUGUCCACCUGGAUCAAGCUCAGCGACAAAUGGUGGAUGGAAGGCUCCGACGUGUGGCAGGGCCGCGGGCGCGGCAACAAUACGGGCGCUCGGGGACACGGCGUCGUCGCCGCGGUCGAACAGAGCAUAAACGAGCUCGUGCGCGGAGCCGGUGUGCUCGACAAUGACGCGUACAAUGGUGCGGCCGCGGCAGGCGAGAAGCCUCGACCUGAGUGGUGGAAUGCUGCCUUGACGCUGGGGCAUUUGGAAAGCAAGAUGUCUGCAGCCAAAGUCCUGGACAGUCCGUCAGAGUACAAGCAGGUGCUGUUGGUGUACGCCCAGCGAAUAGCCAACGAGGGGUUUAGGAGCAAAGCCGAGGAAUUGGUGAAAGAGCUUUUCGGGCCGGUCUACUGGCGGCCAGGUAAGGACGAGUCCUGGUGUCCGACGGUGCUCGGCAUCUCAAAGCGUGACUUGCUGAAAGAAGUUUUGAAUAUAUUUGCUCGAAGCAAGACACUGACGAAGCUUGCCAUCGACUGGCAGGAUCUUCUCAAGAAGGCUCAAUGACCAUGUCCCGUAUCUCGACAUAUAUUCUGUACAUUAUUCCAACCCUAUCGCGCGCUUUAUCAUAUGCACCCAAGUGUGUGU